AUGAGUUGGAUUCGCUCAGUGGUCGUCACUACUUCCUCGCUUCCUUUCCUGGCUUUGUUCGUGUAUCUUCUGCUCCCGGGACUGGACCUCGCUGCGCAUGGAGGAAGCGGCGGGGUUCUCGCGGUCGAGACCGACAACGCUCCGGUUGAGCCAACUGCCUUGCCGGCCCUCACGUCUGCACAACCGGCAGCAUCUCCGGCUACUGUAGCUCCUGCGCAGCCAGGGGGGGAGGCAAAGCAGGAAUCGGAGUCAGUUGUGAAUAAUGGAAAAGCCUUCUACGAGUUCUUCCACCAAGGACAAGCGAAUGACGCUUUGAAGUGUGUGAAACUACUCGAUGGAAAAAAAAGACAGGAAGCGGCUCGGCGCUUCUGCCGGGAAUUUCGCAGAAACAAGAUCCUCCAGACUGCGUGUGAGCGUCAAUCCGCGGAACUGCUGCGAGCCGUGGAGGUUGCCGCUGAAGGCCUUGGCCCCCAGCCUUUUCCAGAGCUGUUCGAGAAGAUGAACGCCGUUCUUGAGCACCCCUACUUCCCGGAAGGGAAGAGUGAGCCAGAUCUUGAGGCUGUCACGACAUUUAUCACGUCAACGGUGAAAGACACUUGGGCUCUUCCGUACGAGGAGUUGCGUGCUCUCCCAACCAACAGCUGCUCCUUCACGCAAGGUGCUCGCCUCCUCAUGGCGGAGUCGACGAAAAUGAAGGCAAAAGUGAAGACUCCCGUGGAGACUGAAGCGGUCAAGCUUGAAGGUAUCACCGAUGAGGAGGUCUCAGCCAUCCAAAUGCAGGUUGAGGUGACGAUCGUCGAAGUUGCCUUGAUAGCAAUCUCUGGCAAGCAGAAGCUGGUUAAAUUGGUCCUCGCAAUGGCGAAAUCAAAAACAAUGGCGAAAUUCAUGUCCCUGCUCGUGAGCAAGUUGAGAAAAUGGCUAUAUUCCUUCGAAAAAGAAAGUCUGGAAUUUGCGGCAUCACACGGCGAGAUACUACCAAUGAUACUCGCGCUCGAAAACGCAAAUUCAGCCUGGCUUGGAGGUACAGGGCGAUGCGCGCGGGCGAACAAAGGGUUGGAAAACCUUAUGGUCACCCUAGCAAGAAGGCUUGCAAAGGACUUGAAACCGAAGCGAGGAUCCAGCUUUCUGGAGAUGUAUGAAGUGCAGCCAUCAACGGGCAACGAACUGGCAUCGGCCCAGAUGACCAGCCUGGUUUCUCCGCAUGGGGACACAAUCGAGCUCCCUGCGAAACGUCUCGGGGUCAUGUCUCUGGUGCAGAUGUCACAGUACCCCGCCCCCGGGUCUGCGAGAGGACGUGGGUGGAUGGAGCGCCGAGCGUCGCAUUACGUGAUGGCGUUUAUUGGCCUUGCAUUGACGUCAACGAUUAUUGGAACGGCUCUCGUACCAUUAAUCAGCCCUCUGUUUGUCGUCUUUCUCGUCAUGGGCGUUACUGGGUUCGUUAUUUUUGCCACUUUCACUACACUUUUGGUGCAGCGAGCUCUUUUGGUCCGAGCUGUAGAACAGGCUGUGGAGGAAAUCGAUACGGCGCAACGAAACAUUGAACGACAUCUUCACGAUAUAAGAUCACAAGAUCAAGGAGGCUCCACGGAUACGGCAGGGGGGAACCGAGGAGUGGGAGGGUCGCAAGGUUCAAAUUACCCCAGUGAUCCGAGGCCUCCUACGCCGCCCGAAAUGGGCUUACCGCCCACGCCAUUUGCUCCACCGUUGCCGCCACGUUCUGUAAAUGGCAAUGAUAAUCUCGCUUACGACGGUUCUGGAAGUGAGGGAGAGCCUGAGUAUGACAGCGUAUAUGAAUUUGACGACGAGAGUGUAUUGGGUCGUCGAGACUGA